AUGGGAAGCACCGCGUGGACUUUGGCAGAGUUGCGGGCGCACUGCUGCAGCUGCGCAAAGUCGCACGCAUGGAAACAAGCUCUGGCGGCACUGACUGCGCAAAGUCACAGUCUGCAACUGGAGGCUGUCGCCCUUAGCGCCACUAUGACUGCCUGCAACAGGGCCAGUGUGUGGCCCAUCACCUUGGAGCUGUUGCAGAUGGCAGGUCAGACAGGUGCAGCGACCGUCGUCGUGUACAACGGUGCGCUCACCGCAUGUGACAAAGGUCACCAAUGGCAGAUGGCUCUUGAGAUUUUGUCCGCCUUGACCCAACAAGAUCUGCAGCCCAGCAGCAUCAGUUUCGGCGCAGCCUUGAGCGCCUGCCAACGCUGCGGACGCUGGCAGGAGGAGAAAUUGAAACGACGCUUGUUGAUUGAUAUCCAGCAUAACAUUUCCCAAUCCGCGUCGUAG